AUGUCAGGCUACUUUUGGUUUGAGGGAAUACCUUUCCCUCCUAUAGUUUUUAAAAAAGAAAUUGUUGAAAAAAUUCAUAAGUUUGUGAUCAGAGAUGAAGACACAGUCAUACUGAGUUUUCCUAAAUCAGGAACUAACUGGCUGAUUGAGACUGUCUGCUUGAUUCAGACCAAGGGGAAUCCCAAAUGGAUCCAAUCUGUGCCCAUCUGGGACCGCUCACCCUGGAUAGAAACUCAAAAAGGAUAUCCACAAUUAAUCAAUAAGGAAGGACCACGCCUCAUGUCCUCCCACCUUCCCUUCCAUCUUUUCCCCAAGUCUUUCUUCAGAUCCAAGGCCAAGGUGAUCUAUGUCAUCAGAAAUCCCAGAGAUGUUCUUGUAUCUGCUCAUUUUUUCCAUCGCAGCAGAAAUCAUAUUGAUAAUCCAGAGUCACUAGGAACUUACUUUGAAUGCUUCCUCAAAGGAAAUG